UGAACCCGUAGUGUUUUUUGAUACUGGCGAACGAUAAGAUGAAGUUAACUUAUAUUUUGUUAAUCAGCGCUUUUGUGGCCGCCACCGCUGCCAGCGACCCAAAGGUGAAGAUCGGCAUUAAAAAGCGGGUGGAGAACUGCACCCGGAAGGCCAAGGGCGGCGAUCUCGUCCACGUGCACUACAGAGGAGCACUGCAGGAUGGAACCGAGUUCGAUAGCAGCUACUCCCGCGGCACGCCCUUCUCCUUUACCCUGGGCGCGCGUCAGGUGAUCAAGGGCUGGGAUCAGGGAAUCCUUGGCAUGUGUGAGGGUGAGCAGCGCAAGCUGACGAUUCCACCAGAACUGGGAUACGGAGCAAGUGGAGCAGGUGGCGGAAAGAUUCCCCCCAAUGCGGUACUCGUCUUCGAUACGGAGCUGAUGAAAAUCGAACCGCGCUCUGGAUCUGAAGAGCUGUAAAACAAAUAGGGCCAUCAAUAGGCAUUCCAUGCUACACCCAAAGUUUACUUUCAACUAAAGUCAUAAACAUUUAAUGCUCAAAUAAUUUACAAUUUUACCUUUAAAAGCAAUCCCUUAAUUGUUAUAUUUUGUUUUUGAAACGGUGCCACGCCACGACCAAUAAAUAGUAAUGCCAUUCCUUUUAUACUA